AUGGCGGUAGCCGAGGCCCCUGAGCACACGGUCUAUAAUGCUGGGCCAAGUACCCUUCCUGGAUCUUUUGUUGACAUUUCAGUUCCCAAUCGUCUCUCAGCUACUGGAGCUGAUAUGUUUCAUAUUCAACAUAUGAUGGUUGCUCAGGAUAAAGGAAACUGCUCUUUUCAUAAUAACUCAACACCAUGUGUCAUUCCUCAGGAAAAGGAGAAUAUUUUUCACACAAUAUUUGCCUUUUUUACCAAGUCUGGGAGGAAAGUACUGGAUUGUGAAAGACCAGGCAGGUCCUGCUUAAUCAUACGGUGUAAUUUAAGUUCACUAGCAAAAGCUGAAUCCUGUAGCAUAGAUGUGCAAAUGCUUUUGAAUACAGAGAUACUAAAGAAGGACACCUCAUCAGUGAUUCAGUUUGUAACACGAGCAAAGGUGAGAGUGGACCCAAGCAAACGGGCAAUUGAAGUACCUAAUGCGAAUUCUGAAUAUGCAACAGUGGUCUUUGAGGCCUUGCACAAUCUGGAGGCUCGUGGUUAUGUGGUUGGAUGGAUCAUCGCUAUCAGUUUACUGGUGGGAAUUCUCAUCUUCCUGUUAUUGGCUGUACUGCUAUGGAAGAUGGGCUUCUUUCGCAGAAAAUACAAAGAAAUCAUUGAGGCUGAGAAGAAUAGAAAAGAGAAUGAAGAUAGUUGGGACUGGGUCCAGAAAAGCCAAUAA